CAGUAACGCGAAUGCCAACCGCAUUCACUGGCGUGAAGCACUCGUGCGUGAACGGGUUACCUUCGGCUUCGAGUGCCAUUUCUAGGUUAUAGUCAUAGAUAAUGCAUAUGUAUUAUCUAUGGUAACAGCACAGAAUAGUUCUUCUACCAUUUUGUGGUUAUAAUGUUAACGAUGUCUUAUCACAAUACGUUUGGACUGAUAACGAAGUAUGAAUGGGUAAUGCUUGCGCGUUGUGAACCUUAACUGUGAAACGUAUUAUCAUCGACCGGAAAUUUGUGAGCCGGGCGUUAAUUACAUUGUUGCUACUUGUGCACUCAAAAUUUUCAAUCCGGAUCGUUGGACGUUGCUUAUAACGGGGCAUGAAUCUGUGAACGUUCUUAGUCUAGUGCAGUGUACCUGAAGAUUGUGGAAAAAGUUAUUCGACAUGUUGCUAAGAAGUUUGAAGCUGCAUAUAAUUCAGUGUGGAUUCGCGCCGGUAGUUCUUCAGGUGUCCAGAACGUGCAGCAAUAUGCCACUGUCUGACACUCAUCAGUCUCCGGACAAUGCUGUAUCUGGAAAACAAGUAAAAUCUGAGAGGAAAUUAGUCGUUCCUUCCAACAGCAGAUUUAUUUAUCCGGAAUUUCUGCCUGAUCCUAAAAUGGAAUGGCGGAACUCAUUACGAGAAAAACUGGAGCGCUUAGACAUGAUCCAAAGAAGAAAACAUAUUGAUAUACCUGAAUUUUAUGUUGGUAGCAUUCUGGCUGUUACAUCAUCUAACCAACAUGCUCCAAAUAAAGCAACUCGUUUUGUUGGUAUAUGCAUUCAACGACUAGGUUGUGGUCUUAGAGCUAAUAUAACACUUAGGAAUGUUAUUAAGCAUGUUGGUACUGAAAUAAAGUAUCAACUUUACGAUCCUACCAUACAAAAGAUUGAAGUUCUACGUUUAGAAAAACGUCUUGAUGAUGAAUUAUUAUAUUUACGAGAUGCUCCAAAUGAAUACAGUACUUUUGAUGAAAAUAUGGAAGCUGAGUAUUUACCUGAAGGUACACCAGUACCAGUUAACACUACACUAGUGAAAUUAAAACCAAGGCCUUGGCGUGCUAGGUGGGAAAGAAAGAAUAUGAAAGGACUUGCUGAUUUAGAACUAGAAGAGCGAUUUUAUAAAAGAGCUGAGGAAUUAGCAACACCAUGGGAGAAAUAUGAUUUAAUGAAACAAUAUAGGAGAACCAUACCAGAGGAAGAACAGAAAGAAAUAUUUGCUGAAGUUUGUUCAGAACUACAUGAAGUUGAAGUUAUGCGCAAGAAGCUAAAACGAAAAAAAGUUUUUGUAAAGCCUACAAGAUCUUCAUAGAAUUCAAAUUAGUUACAAACUUAGAUGGAGUGCAAAUGAUGAUUGAGGUGGAACUUUUGGUGGAGCAAACUGAACACUGAAAUUUUAAGAUAACAAUGCUACCAAUGAACUUAAAAUGUUAGUAUUUAAUAUAAAAUUAUAAGAGCGGCAAAAAAUUAUAUCCACUGUUUCUGAAAUAACAUGAUUUGUUGAUA